AGGUGAAGGUGUUGGGGCUGGGGGCUCCGACAAGCUCAGCAUCCUCCGAGGCUGCCCGGGACUGCCCGGGGCCUCGGCGCCCAAGGGAGACGCAGGGGUCAACGGAGAGAGAGGAGCACCUGGUUCCCCUGGAGUCCCUGGGAAGGCAGGACCAACGGGACCCAAACGAGACCGCGGGGAGAAAGGGGAGCCAGGGCCUCCGGGUCGGUCCCCAACACCUGGGACCCUUAGGGAGCUGCUCACGAGGGGGCACUUUCUGAGCGGCGGGAACACCGUCCACCUGCCCGACCUCCGGCCCCUGAGCGUGCUGUGUGACAGGGACACAGACGGCGGGGGCUGGACCGUUUUCCAGCGAAGGAGCGACGGCUCCGUGGAUUUCUUUCGAGACUGGGCCGUGUACAAGAAGGGCUUCGGCAGUCAGCUGGGGGAGUUCUAGCUGGGGAAUGACAGCAUCCACGCCCUCCCCGCCCAGGGAACCAACGAGCUCCGUGUAGACCUCGUGGACGUCGAGGGUAACCGCCGAUUUGCCAAGUACAGCUCAUUCCAGAGGGCGGGCGAGGCCGAGAAGUACAGGCUGGUCCCGGGAGCCUUCGCUGGGGGCGGCGCGGCUGAGGGACUCCCUGUCAAACCCAACAACCUCGCCUUCUCCACCAAGGACCAGGACAACGACUCAAGUCUAGAAAACCGUGCUGAGCGCUGCGAGGGGGCCUGGUGCUAUUAUCGGUGUCCCCUGUCGAACCGCAUCGGUCUCUACCUCCGGGGGGCUCACAAGACCUUUGCAAACGGCAGGAACCGGAAGUCGGGGAAAGGCUGCAUCUACGAGGUGUCAGAGAUGAAGGUGCGGCCCGUCUAG